AUGGCAGGGUGCACAACACCGAGUCAGGUUACCGACCGAGGAUGCGGGUCGAAGACCACGAGAAUGCACCUUUACCUCGAGGCCUGGAUCAAUAUUUAUCGAGGCGAGUAUGACCAGAUUCAACGGGAUUUCCCGGAAACUGCUCCAAAGAGCUUGGGCAGCAGUGGCUACACAGGGACACAGUCAAUGUACCUGCCGAAACGGAUCUUGGACUAUGCAAUCAAUUCAGAAGGUGUACCCUUGGAGUUCUAUCGGACUUACAAUUCCUCGUGGUACGAGCCGUCAGAGUACUUUGACAAGCUAAGCGCAGUGAACCUGUCGUGGCUGAUACCAUGUCGCGAGACGCGCUUUGUGCAGAGCAACAACAUGCAGACCUACGUGCAGGUCACCCAGGACAUCGAGGGAGUUGAGAAUAUUGAUGGUUCCCUGAUGGCCAAUUGCCAGGACGGCUUUUUUUGGCGAGCCCCAGCAUGCCGGGACAAUGUCACACGCUGCGUCCCGGUGUUGACAGGUGGAACGGGAUGGGAAAUCGAAGCAGUAAUGCAGAAAGCGACGCUCUUCAGCAUGCCGUUGGCCCUGGGGGUGGCGACGCCCGAAGGUUACUACAGAAUUCCAACCGAGGUGAAGAGCCUCUUCGUGUGGUGGGUGCCAGACGACACCUUUCUGGAUCUGAACCCCGUUGAGGUUCGCUUUCCCCGCUACGACAGGGCAGCUUGGCUCAACGGCGAUCUUCGCACCGCUCCAGAGCAGGUUGCCAUCGAGAAGCUCGUAAGCCAGAACUUGGCAGAACUUGCACCAGCUGUCGAAGAUCUUGUUCAGAAGAUGAGGUGGAGUCCGGAUGAUGUCGACGUUAUGCUGAGGGACAUGAAAGCAAGCGAAGAUCCAGCUCGCACAGUCGCUUGCCGCUGGUUGGUAGCGAACUCUGAGACGUGGUCUUCUUGGCUUGCGGGAGAGACUGCCUGCUUCGAAGGUUUUGGAUUAUUCGACGGGAGCGGCUUUGUAGCUGAGCGGGAUGGUGCCGCUGAGCUCGCAUGCAGGCCUUGUGAGAGCGGGAGCUACUCUGAAGAACUUCGGGAUACAAAGGGGAAGACGCACAUCUGCCAGAAGUGUCCCGUUGGUACCAUCCAACCAUCAGGAGCUGCUGCAGGGUGCGACCUAUGUAACGAAGGGGAGUAUCAGGACGAGGAAGGCGCUGUGAACUGCAAGCGCUGCCCACUUGGACGCUUCCAAGAUCAGAAGGGCAAGUCUGGUUGCAAACUCUGCAGCAACGGCACGACUACGCUGGGACUGGGUUCUUUGUCAGAGAAGGACUGUGGCUGUCUCCCUGGGACUAUCAGUGAGGUGUACAACGUUUCCUGCCAGCCUUGCCCAGAAGGUUUGAGCUGUCCAGUUUUGUCGACUCUGUCGAGCUUGCUGAACGGUUCCGCCAUUGCCCAUGAGCUCUCUCCACGAGUUCGUGCAGGCUACUUCAGCACUGUGGAGGAACCUCUUGAGCUCUUCAAGUGCAUCCCAUCAACGCACUGCCCAGGGGGUCCUCCAAACACAUGCCUAGGAGGUCUAUCAGCUUUGCCCUGCGCUGCGUGUGGGGAGAGAGAGUACUUCGACGGACAGGCGUGCGUGGUCUGCAUUUCUUCUCGGCAGGAACUCUUUGUCUUGGGCUGUGUGGCGGGCCUCGCCGGGCUGGUUCUGGCAUACUACGUUUUCAACUCGCCUAUGACAGCAAAGGCGUCCACGAUGCUUACUACCACCACAGCUUUGGGUAUGAUGGUGAUGAUGCUACAGAAAGUCGGUGUCAUCGGCAACAUGACUGUGGACUUCCCGUUCGAAGUACAGGAGAUCUUUCAGUCAAUGCAAAUCUUUAUUUUGGACAUGGAAGCUUUGGGCUACCCGUGCGUGGCCAGCAGCGAUGCUGUUCGGCGGUACCUAUCCACAGUGAUGCUUUUCCCUGCGGUCAUAGUGGGCAUCCUGUUUUGUCUCGCAAUUUCAAAGCUGCUGCCCAAAAAGUGGCGCUGGGCGACCUCCAAGACUUUAAACCUCAUGGGGCAAUUCUUGCAAAUGGGUUACACAACCAUGAGCGUGACCGCAAUGGUGCCUAUGACCUGCUACAGUCAUCCAAACGGCCUUCACAGCUUGCUGAAGUUCCCGGAAGUGUUCUGUGGGACAGAAGAGCACUCUGUGAUGCUUGCCGGCGGUUUGGCAUUGCUGGCUUUCGGUGUUCUGGGCUUUCUUUGCCUCUGCGUGUGGGCAGCUUACCAGGUGCCGCUUUGGAGCUCCCAAGGCCUCUCCGACAGAGUCAGCUCCUUUCGGUUUUUGCUUGCACGAUUCCGCUUGGAUGGCUGGUGGUAUGGGGUGCCACUGCUUGUCCGCGGCUCCUUGCUGAACCUGCCGGUGGUACUUGCGACAGACUACCCUCCCAUUCAGAUCGUGUCAAUGUCCGUGAUCUUAGUGUUCUUCAUGGCUGCGCAAGCCCUGGUUUGGCCGUGGAAGCCGCCUUUGAUCAACGCCUUAGACUGUUGGAUUUCCGCCUGUGUCAUCCUUCUUGUGGUCUCUGCGGCAAUGUGUCUCCCAGAUCUCACAGAUGACAUGCUUGGAUUCCGUAACAGCUUCACUGUUGUGGUCAUCGUGCUGCUCUUUGGUUCCGUGCUGCUGGCGCUGGGCUCCAUCGGCUUCUCCUUGCUGCUCCGGGCGCUGGGCUUUCAGGAGGAGCUGAUGAUCGUCACCCUCGGGCCGAUUCCCAAGGCCGAACGCGUAUCUUCAGCCCUGCGGAGUCUGAGCAUGGAGCUGUCCGAGGCAGAUGCUGAUGUCAUCGAGACUCGAGUCAAAGAGCUGGCUGUGUAUGAUGUGACACACAUCUCGCGCUGCAUCACGCUCUUGGCCAAGGAGGUUCUUCAUGAUGACGAUCCCGACUUUGACUUCACGCGCCGGGUAAGUGCGAAGUCUUUCACUCGAAUGUCGCGCUGGAGUCGGAAGAAAGUUGUGCAAGGUAACCAGAACUUCGCCGCCAUUGCUCCAACCGCUGAAGCAAAGGAGCAAGAAGGUGCGAGCUGCGCGGAUACCGAAGUCGAAAGCAUUGUCAGUCCUUUUGACAUGGAGAUGACCCACGAGCCGCCUUUGGGCCUGAUCGAGUCAGGCGACGACUGUGGCCCUGUCUCAGGUGGAACUGGCACUCGGCUGAGUCUGUAG